AGGGCGUGUUACUGGCUCGCGCUGGCUGCGGCGUAGCGAAGGGCUCUGGGCGUAGGGACCCUACCCCUCGGUUGGUGCGGGCAAGAUGAGCUCGAUCGGAACCGGGUAUGACCUGUCAGCCUCCACAUUCUCUCCCGAUGGAAGAGUUUUUCAAGUUGAAUAUGCCAUGAAGGCUGUGGAAAAUAGCAGUACAGCUAUUGGGAUCAGAUGUAAAGAUGGUGUUGUCUUUGGGGUAGAAAAAUUAGUUCUUUCUAAACUUUAUGAAGAAGGUUCCAAUAAACGACUUUUUAACGUUGACCGGCAUGUUGGAAUGGCAGUAGCAGGUUUGCUGGCAGAUGCUCGUUCUCUAGCAGACAUAGCAAGGGAAGAAGCUUCCAACUUCAGAUCUAACUUUGGCUACAACAUUCCACUCAAACAUCUUGCAGACAGAGUGGCGAUGUAUGUACAUGCUUACACACUCUACAGUGCUGUGAGACCAUUUGGCUGCAGUUUCAUGCUUGGGUCUUACAGUGGGAAUGAUGGAGCACAGCUGUACAUGAUCGACCCAUCAGGUGUUUCAUAUGGUUAUUGGGGCUGUGCUAUUGGCAAAGCCAGGCAAGCUGCAAAGACAGAAAUAGAAAAGCUUCAGAUGAAAGAAAUGACCUGUCGUGAUGUUGUUAAAGAAGUUGCAAAAAUAAUUUACAUAGUACAUGAUGAAGUUAAAGAUAAAGCUUUUGAACUAGAGCUCAGCUGGGUUGGUGAAUUAACAAAAGGAAGACAUGAAAUUGUUCCAAAAGAUAUAAGGGAAGAAGCAGAGAAAUAUGCUAAGGAAUCACUGAAGGAAGAUGAUGAAUCAGAUGAUGAUAAUAUGUAACAUUUACUCCAGCAUCUAGUCUGCUUUACAUUUCUACAGUCCCUUGUAACUACUUAGCCCCUGGAUUAUACAUAUCCACUGCCCGAUUUUCAUUAAAGUUUUGUCCUGUAACAAGUG